UGUUUUAAUAAAUGAUCCAACACCCCUUUACUAAUACUACUGCACGCAUCAAACUCUUAAUUAAUUCAUCUCCAACAAUGGCCUCCUCCUCCUCUUCUUCUUCCUCUCUUUCACUAGUAAGACUCAUCGAGACGUGCCGCGUAUCGCCGCCGGAGGGAUCCGUCGCUCCGACCGCCGUCCCCCUCACCUUCUUCGACGUCAUCUGGCUGUACCUGCCCCCGGUCGAGCGCCUCUUCUUCUACCCCUUCCCCCACCCCACCUCCCACUUCCUCUCCUCCUUCCUCCCCUCCCUCAAAUCCUCCCUCUCCCUCUCCCUCCGAUCCUUCUUCCCCCUCGCCGCCCUCCUCCGCCCCUCCCCCGACGCCUCCGACCGCUUCGAGCUCUUCUUCUCCGACGCCACCUCCCCCGGCGUCCGCUUCACCGUCGCGGAGUGCUCGGACGCUCAAAACGCCGCCGGCCUCUUCGACCACCUCGCCGAUGGCCGCCCGCGCGAAGUCUCCCUCCUUCGGCAGCUCGUCCCGAGCCUCGCGCCGCCCGACUGCACCGACUCCCCCCCGCCGCCGCGGCCGCCGCCGGUGUUCGCCGUGCAGGUGACCGUCUUCCCCUCCCGCGGCCUCGUCGUGGGGACUGCGGUGCACCAUGCAGUCUGCGACGGCAGCAGCAUCAUGCGCUUCAUGCGCUGCUGGUCCGCCUCCGCUGCCGCCGGCGCACCCGCUCCCGCCGCCGCCGCCGUCGUCGUCGUCGACCGCACCUUGGUUCCCGACCCUCACGACGUCUACUCUACUUUCUACGAAGGGGUUUCGGAGAUGAGAGGCUCCGACGGCCACGGCGCGGCGACUGCGGCCGACAGAGUCUUCGCGUCCUUCACGCUGCGGAAGCGGCACGUCCAGGCGCUGAAGGACGCCGUGUCGGCGAGGGCGGCGGCGUCGGCCUUCCACUGCUCGACCGUCGUCGUGACGUUCGCCUUCGCGUUCGUCGGCUACGUGCGCGCGAAACGGGCGGCGGCCGGCGAGGCGGCGCACAUGGGGUUCGCGGCCGACUUCCGGUCCCGGAUGCGGCCGCCGCUCCCCGCGGAGUACUUCGGGAACUGCGUCGGGCCGUGCUUCGCCGACGUCGACGCCGCGGACCUCGGCGGCGACGACGGGCUCGUCGUCGCGGCGGAGGCGAUCGGGCGCGCGAUCGGAGGUCUCGGGAAGAGCCUGGAGAGCGCGCGGGAUUGGUUGCGCGGGUUCAAAUCGCGCGCCGCCGGGCUCAUUCUGACGGUCGCCGGGUCCCCGAAAUUCGGCGUCUACGGCGUGGAUUUCGGGUGGGGGAGGCCGGCGAAGGUCGAGGUCGUGUCGGUGGCGAACACCGGCGCGGUGGCCGUGGCCGAGAGCCGCGACGAGGAGGGAGGGGUGGAGGUUGGCUUGGGACUUCCCAGAAAUGAGAUGGAUGUGUUCCAGAAUUACUAUUUUGACACUCUCAAAUGUUUAGAUGAUCAUCCUCAGUUAUAACUUACUCAUCUUUUGUUAGGAAAUUAUUGAAAUAAAAAGAUUUAAACUGUGCUCGCAUGGAGUUUGUGCAAAUUAUACUGAUAGUAAUAAUAAAAUAGAAGCUAUAUUCUAGCUCUCAAGAAGAAAAAGAGUAAAUUAAGUCAGAUAUUUUUAAUUCUAGUCAGCGUGUACCAUCAUAAUCUUUCUU